AAAUAAUAUAACACCUACUGUAAUUGUUUUUGCUUCCUGUACUACAUGGACACUUCUACUGUUUUCUAGUAAUACCGUGCUGAUAGCUCCUUUAAUUAGAUGUUAGGGCUCCAUUAGUGAAGGACCUUUAUUUUGAAAUCAUUCGCUGGCUCGGCCCGGAAGUGAACUCUGCGUUUUCUCGAGAUACCUUCAAGCAGCCGAGCUUAGUACAAAUACUGUUAGAUAUUGUUCAUGUGCCACCGUGACUUUUUAAAUUACAUUUCACUUAAACAUACAUUAUAACUCUAAUGCCUGUGUGCCCCCCCCUCACACGCCCCGGCCCGGGUUAACAUGGUGGACGCGGAUGAAAUCGCCAAGUUGUGCUACGAGCGUUUCCAGCAGCUUCCCCGGAGAGGGAAGCCUGAGCCGGGCAGAGAGUGGACCCUGCUGGCCGCGGUGCUCAGAAUCACCCGGAGGGCUAACUCUGACACAGUUGAGAAGGAGGUUGUUUCCCUGGGAACGGGGACCAAAUGUAUCGGACAGACAGCCAUGAGUCCCUCUGGUGAAAUACUUAAUGACAGCCACGCAGAAGUCAUUGCAAGAAGGGGGUGUGUCAGGUACCUGAUCCAGGAGCUGCACAGGGCCGUGAGUGGGGGGGGCAGCGCUGUGUUCUGUCAGGCGGAGGAGCAGGGGAAGUGGAGGCUUCAUCCUGGAGUGUCCUUCCUCUUCUUCACCAGUCACACUCCCUGUGGUGACGCUGCCAUCAUCGCCAUGAAUGGCAGCCAGUCUCAGCCCUGCCCCCCCGUCACACCUGCACACAGCCCUGAAGAAGAGAGAGGAAGAGGAGAUCCGAAAAGAAAAGAUGAAGAAUCAAGUGAGGUAAAAAGCAUCAAGCGUCCCCGUCAGGAGGAACCGGAGACAGCGGAGACACAUCUGGAGGAACCGGAGACAGCGGAGACACAUCUGGAGGACAGAGGAGAGAGAAGACAGUCCUCCCUCUCUAAGUCCUGUGAAGAUCCACCUCAGCCUGCAGAAGAACCUGUGGAGAGGAGAAGCCCCCCCGACAGCCCAGGACUGUGUCCACAGGUCGCUGACGUCCACAGGACAGGGGCCAAGUGUGUCUCCGGGGGUCCAGCUGACCCUCUGCUCCCCGGGGAGGGCUACCACUGUACAGGGCUGCUCCGGGUGAAGCCGGGCCGGGGGGAGCCCACCCUGUCCCUGUCCUGCAGCGACAAGCUGGCCCGCUGGGGGGUGCUGGGCUUCCAGGGCGCCCUGCUGUCCCUCUACCUGCAGGAGGCUCUCUACUACAGCACCUUGGUGGUGGGGGGGGGUCCGUACAGCCAGGAGGCCAUGACCAGAGCUCUGGUCACGAGGUGUUCCUGUGUGUCGGCCCUCCCUGCAGGGUUCUCUGUCUGCCCCCCCCAGCUGCUCCAGUCCAGCCUGGAGUUCCCCUUCAGCCAGGCCCAGACGGAGCUGCACCACCAGGCAGGACAGGGACGCAUCUCCCCCUGUGGAGCAGCCAUCAGCUGGUGUAAUGUGCCGGAGCAGCCACUAGAUGUCACCGCCAACGGCUACAAACACGGAGUCACCAGGAAGGCCCUCGGCACGGCUAAAGCCAGGUCUCUGCUGUGUAAGCUGGAGCUCUUCCACUCCUUCCUGUCUCUGGUAGCAGCCACUGAGCCCACAGCACUCCCCCCCCCCUCUCAGGGGGGCAGAGCUGCUCACCUACUGGGACUACAAGCAGGCGGCUCAGAGUUACCAGCAGGCCUGGCAGCAGCUCCUCAGUCAGGCCUUCCCUCUGUGGCCUCGCACUGACAGGGGCCUCCUGCUGUUCCACUGAAGGCCUUCUCCUGAGACACUCUUAUUGUUGGCUCUAUUGGACUCUUCUCUGAUGUCACUGCAUGCAGCAGCAGGAUGCUCUGCUGUCUCACUGCUCAGAGAGGGGGGGGGGGGGGGGACCCAGCUCCGUGUCCUCGGAUGAAGCUUCAGUCUUCACAGUUUGAGACAGUGUGACUGCAGCUGGCUGGCUCUCAUGUUCUCAAAAACACAGCUGGACGUACCUGUCCUCAAGUGGAAAAUGUUCCGGGUUCAAUUUCCUUUUUUUAUGUUCUUAUUUGUCUGAACUGAAGGGCCAGCCAUAGAUUUACACAUCAGAUCAGUUUUCAUGUUUUACUUGUAAUAACAGUUCUAUUUAGUCCCUACUGACCGCCAGAGGACUGGAUAUGUCCAUCGCGCGCAUGCGCAGCUCGAGUACCAAUAACAACAAAGUCACCUGUGACCCACGUGACACCGGCUACAUAUGCCUGUGUCGUCAGAGGAUCUGUUCCUUUCAUCUUCUCGCUGUGCGAGAGUACCGUGGCUACAUUCCCACCUUCUUCCCAUCUUCAGGCCGGGCAAGAUGGUGCCUGAUAUUCAGUUCCUCCGGCCCUUGGGCAGACUGACGGCUGCCUCAGCCGUUGUGCCCUUAAGCCUGCUGUCGUUGCGCCCCAUGCAGAUGUGGCUGAACAGCCUUCACUUGGGCGCCAAGUGGCACAAGCACAGGAGAGUCAGGGUGUCUCAGUGGUGCCUCCACUCUCUGUCCCGCUGGAGGGACAGGGCCUAUCUUCUGAUGGGCGUGCCCAUGGGUGCCAGCCCAUCCCGCCGGGAGACUGUCACUGUGGAUGCAUGUCUCUCAGGGGGCAGUGUGGCAGGGCAGGACUGUUCAGGGUCAGUGGUCUGCCCAGGAGGGUGCACACCAUGUCAACGUGCUAGAGCUUCGGGCUGUGCUGCUUGCACUCAUGCACUUUUUACCCCAACUGGCGGGCAAGCACGUGCUCGUUCGUUCGGACAACAUGUCCGCUGUGGCCCAAAUCAACCACCAGGGGAGCACCAGGUCCGCACAGCUGCUCCGGGUUUCACAGAGCCUCUUGUCUUGGGCGCUCCCCCGCCUGGCCAGUCUGCGGGCAGUCUUUCUACCAGGAGACCAGAAUCAGGUGGCAGAUUUCCUCUCUCGGCACAAGCCUCCACCGGGGGAGUGGAGCCUUCACCCAGAGCUGGUGGAGACCAUUUGGAGCCUUUUCGGCAGGGCCGAGGUGGACCUCUUUGCCUCGGAAGAGUCAAGGACGCUCUGGCGCACGACUGGCCAGACAGUCUCCUGUAUGCCUUCCCACCACUGCCUCUGAUACUACAGACGCUUCAGAGGGUCCUUACUCAGGGGCACAGGCUCCUUCUGGUCGCCCCCCGCUGGCCGGGGAGAGUCUGGUUCCCACUGCUGCGCAGUCUCUGCUGCAGCCCACCAUGGCGUCUCCCCGACAGGAAGGACCUUCUGUCACAGCUCAGGGGUCAGAUCUGGCAUCCCGACCCUCACCGCCUUCAGCUCGGGGCCUGGCCUCUGCGGGGCCCAACCCACUGUUGAGCGUUUUCACAGCAUCUGUCAGGGAAACUAUCCUGAAUGCCAGAGCACCAUCCAUUCGAGCGCAGUAUGAGUGCAAAUGGAAGCUCUUCUCCCACUGGUGUUUGGGUAAGGCUGAGAAUCCGGGGCAUUGCUCCGUGGCCACCAUUCUACAGUAAAUUCUUCUUAGUAACUUGUUUUCUGGUGUGUUCCUUGCAGAGCACUCAAAGGAUGAGGUUUGUGCUUUGAUUUCAGCUUGUGCCACGUCUGACAAAUCGACACACAUCUGCUCUGAAGGAAGGGGUUGUAUCUUGUGCGGAUUGUAAAGCAGAUUUGUGAAAUUCACUGGACUUGUUUUGUGUUUUGUCUUCACAAUGAAAGGGACAGGCUUGUAAAACAUUGUUCUAUAACACUGCACAGGAUAUCACAUUUGUCAUGAAAUAAAACAUAUAUUCAUUUUUCAAACACA